AUGGACGCCUCCUCCCUCCGCAUCUCCAAGUUCGAUGGAACUAACUUCCACGCCUGGAAGUUCAAGAUGCGGAUGGUGCUUGAGGAGCGGAACUUAUGGGAGGUCGUCAGCGGUGAGAUCAAGGCGGAACAGUGCGAGACUCAGUUGGACCAAGCGACGUACAAGAGGAAGUCAAGAAAGGCGAUGGCAGUGAUCUGUCUAGCCAUGGAAGAUUCCCAGCUACCGUUGGUCCGGUCGGCAAGUGGUGCAUGCGACGCAUGGUCAAGGUUGGAAGACCACUUCGAGAAGAAGAGUCUUGCCAACAAGCUGUUCUUGCGCCGUCGCUUCUUCACGACAAUGAUGGAAGAAGGCGACGAUGUACUCGAACACAUCAACAAGCUCAAGACGCUGGCGGAACAGCUAGAAGCGGUGGGGGCUCCAGUCUGCGAGGACGAUCUGGUGAUCACACUUCUCGGCAGCCUGAGUGACUCGUAUCAAUUCUUGAUCACAGCUUUGGAGUCGCGCUCAGACACUCUUAGCUGGGAGCUCGUGACGUCUCGACUGCUUCAUGAAGAAAUGAAGCGGAGGGAGCAAGGAAGUAAAGGUGAUGAAGCUUCGCAAGGUCAAGCGUUCAUCACAAGGGACAAUCAGCGCAAAGGGCGACCAGUGAAGAAGUCCUGGCCGUGCCACAAUUGCGGAAAGAUUGGUCACUGGAUGGCGGAGUGA